AUGACUGACCCAACUACAGCUGAUAAGGAAGCUGCGUUAAAGUUUAAAGAUGAAGGAAAUGUAUUUAUAAAGCAACAAAAUUUUCCUAAAGCCAUUGAAUUAUAUUCUAAAGCCAUCGAUUUGGAUCCAACAAUAUCCAUUUUUUACUCAAAUAGGGCAUUAGCCCAUAUUAAGAUGGAUAAUUUUCAAAGUGCAUUCAAUGAUUGUAACUCGGCUAUUAACUUGGAUAAGAAUAAUAUUAAGGCUUAUCAUAGAAGGGGUAUGUCUGAAGUUGGUUUACUAGAGUUUAGAAAGGCUAGAGCAGAUUUCAACAUUGUGCUAAAUGUUAAACCUAAUGAUGCUACUGCAAAGAGAGGACUGGCUAUGUGUGAAAGGUUUAUUAGAGAAGAAAGAUUUAAAAAGGCUAUCGGUGGUGGCGAUUCAGGAAAGGUUAAUUUUUGUAAGACAAUUGAUUUAAGCUCAUUUGAUGCCAAUUCAGAUUUAAUUAAAUAUGAUGGUAUGAAAUUAGAGUUUGAAGAAUUGAAAAAUGAAAAGAAUGAGAAUGAUGGGAUUCAAAUUAAGAAUAUGUCACAAGACUUUGUUUCAUUUAUGAUCAAUGGUUUGUUUUUAAAGGGGAAACAAUUACCUAAGAAAUAUGUGGCUGCUAUUAUAUCACAUGCAGAAAGAUUAUUUCGUAAAGAACCUACUUUAGUAGAAAUUUCAAAUAAAGAUAAAGAUGAAAGACAAUUAGGAGUGGAUGAUGUUAAAAUUUCUGUUUGUGGUGAUACACAUGGUCAAUUUUAUGAUGUUUUAAACAUUUUCCAAAAAUUCGGUAAAGUUUCUCCCCAACACACUUACCUUUUUAAUGGUGAUUUUGUAGAUCGUGGUUCGUGGUCAUGUGAGGUGGCUAUAUUAUUUUAUUGUUUGAAGAUUUUAUAUCCAAAGAACUUUUAUCUGAAUAGAGGUAACCAUGAGACUGAUAAUAUGAACAAAAUGUACGGCUUUGAGGAUGAAUGUAAGUAUAAAUAUUCUCAAAGAAUAUUUGACAUGUUUUCUGAGAGUUUCGAAAGCUUGCCUCUUGCUACCUUAAUAAAUGACGAUUACUUGGUAAUGCAUGGAGGUUUACCAAAGGAUACAGAAUCCACACUUGAUGAUAUUAGAUCUAUUGAUCGAUUCAAACAACCACCAAGGGAAGGUUUGUUCAUGGACUUACUUUGGGCUGAUCCACAAGUGGCUAAAGGGUUUGGUCCAUCUCAACGUGGUUUAGGAUAUUCUUUUGGUCCAGAUAUUACAGUCCAAUAUUUAGAGAGGAAUAAUUUAAAGAAAGUUUUCAGAUCCCACGAAGUGAGAAUGAAUGGUGUAGAAUUCGAACACGAUAAGAAAUUAAUAACUGUGUUUAGUGCACCAAACUAUUGUGAUUCUCAAGGUAACAAAGGUGCUAUUAUUCAUGUGGUGCCAGGCAAAGGUAAAGUUGGUGUUAAUGAAAAUGAUGAUGAAGAUUUAUGUGUCGAACUGUUUGAACAUGUAACACAUCCAGAUGUAAAACCGAUGGCUUAUUCUAAUGGUGGGUUAGGAUUUUAG